AUGCAUUGGUAUUACAACUUUUUGGUACGACGGCCUUAUCUAAUGGUCCUGGCCGUGGCCGUUUUAUGUAUAGCUUGCAUCACUGUAUCCGUGACCAUGAAUUCGGUACCAGAUUUUAGUGAUCCCACGUUGGGAUUUGAAACACGAGGUACAGCGUUAGGAAAACGUCUAAGCGCUUGGAAUAAUUUAAUACAGGAGACUGGACCCUCUGGUAGUCUGGUGACAAACCCAAAUGAUUUGCUGUUUUACAAUAAUAAUAACUAUCAUCAUUUAAAAAAUAUGCGAAAACAUCAACGUCACAAUCGAACUCACAAACGUAAAAAUCGAAAAAAGCCCAAAAACCCAAAACACCAUAAAAAAGAAUUACACCUGAGUAAGAAGAUAAUUUCGUUGCAAAAUCGGUUUAAUAUAACAACUCGUAAGAGUAAUGACACCAACCUUUUACCAACUCAAUGGAAUGGUGAUAGUGGCGUCUUUCGGGAUUAUGAGAUUACAAAUGAUUCAUUGUCAAGCUUGGAACAACUAAAUCGUAGUGAACAUUUUGAAUACGGUCGUAAUACCACAUCCAUUGAUGAAGACUACCACCGAGAAAAGGUGCAGUCUAAAAAGAGUACGUGGAACAUUAUCAAACAAGCUCAAUUUCCGCCAAACGGAAAUACUGGUCCACAUGUGGAAGGUUAUUUUUGCGAUUCACCCUCCAAAGAUUACUCCCACUUUGUAGUUGAGCGUAUAGGUCCUAAUGAUACGGAUUCACUUUUCGACCUUAAUGGUUUGCUAGCCAUGUGUCAAUUACAGAAUCAAAUUAUUGCUAUACCAAGUUAUGGUGAAUUUUGUCAAAGAGAAGAACUCACUGACACCUGUUGUCGCCCAUGGUCACUACCCAAUUAUGCUGCACUUCUGGUCAAUAAGAGCUCUUGCUUCGAUUUAAAUAUUACGGACGUUGUCAUGCUACAAAAUUUAUUGGUGAUGUGUUUCGAAUAUUAUCACGACUUAAAGUUAAGUAAUGAUUGCAGCGAGUUUAGCCCCUGUCAAGCGCCAAGCGAAUGUACUCACGGAAAUAUUGUUUAUAAUAUUUUACAUUUUUUGACUGAUUACAAUUUCAUUCGUAUGAAUGACACAACAGUAUUUAUGAAAUAUGCAAUGAUAUUUGUACCUGUAGCAUCUACAGCAAAAAUUCUUCCAUUAUUUCAUGAAUGGGAAGAUACUGAUUUAAAAAAUGAACUUGUUCAAGUAGUAUCAAUGGACUUGGGACUUGAAAACGAACUAUUUAAUGAGUCGUUACUUACAGACGUUUGGCUGGUCUCACUAGGCGGAGUCUUCGUUAUGACAUGUAUUUGGUUGUAUACAACGUCGAUUUUCGUUACGUUGAUGGUCUGUGUGGCAGUGAUGUUUUCAUUGGGUUUAGCAUAUUUUGUCUAUACUUUGGUCUUUAAAAUGUCAUUCUUUCCAUACAUGAACUUAUUGGCUGUGGUUGUAAUAAUAGGUAUUGGCGCUGACAAUGCAUUUCUUUUUGUAAAGAUUUGGCAAUGCGUUCUAGCGGAACGGUUUACCAAGUCAGCAAAGUCAACCUCUUCUACUCACGCAACACCAAUUGUUGAGGGCGGAAGUGAGCACACAGAAACCCUACAGAAUUUAAUGGCAUCCGCAUUUCAUCAUUCAGCAUUAUCAAUGUUUGUAUCUUCUCUAACCACUGCUACAGCUUUCUUUUCGUCGUAUACUAGCUCCAUAACGGCUAUUAAAUGCUUUGGUGUAUUUGCCGGAACGGUAGCUGUAACCAAUUAUUUACUUAUGAUAACUUGGCUGCCUGCUGUCGUCUGCAUAAUGGAACGUCUAUCUGCUUGUGCAAGCUGCAAUAGUAAACUUCCAAUACAAAAGCUAUUGCUAAUGUUCAAUAAGUCAAUUACAAAGUUCUGUCAUCUAUAUGAGACAGUUAUAACGAAGGCUGUGAUGAAUUAUUCAAUAAUAUGGAUAUGCUUAUUUGGUGCGAUAGGAUUAUGCAGCACAGUUAUUGUAUUGUAUGCGCCUGGGCUGCAGUUGCCGGAUAGCGACCAUUUUCAACUAUUCUCAAGUAGCCAUCCAUUCGAAAUAUAUAAUAGUAAAAUGAAAAAUGAGUUUUGGUUUGAGAAGUCGAUGUCGGCUUAUGAAAAUUUUAAAUUACCAAUGCGCUUCGUUUGGGGUAUACAACCAGUUGAUGACGGCGACUACACUGAUCCUUUUUCCCAUGGGAACUUGUAUUAUGACAAUAAUUUUAAUAUAUCUACAAAGGCUGCUCAAGUUUGGUUGCUAGAUUUCUGUAAAAAAAUAAGAAAACAGCCAUUUUACGAAAUUACUUUUGGUUUAUUAUUGCCGAAUUGCUUCAUUGAAAAUUUUAUAUCCCUUAUGGAUCGCAUGUGUAUAGAUGGUAUGGAUAAUACUGAUCGCACUCCUUGUUGUGACGUAUCAAAGUUUCCUUUCGAGCCAUAUGUCUUCGAUAUUUGCUUGCCACAAAGUAUGUCCUCACUUUACGCUACUCCGCGGGAGUACUACACUCCUGGUGUCGCCGGGCCAAGAUUCUUGGCCGACAGACGAAGCAAUCCACUACUACAAACUUAUAAUGAAAUCUCAAUUGGUAAUACAUCCCAACAUGUUACGCUCGCACCGCCACAAGUGAAAGCCUUAGUGCUAGAGUUCGAAUCGAAUGUGGCCUACACAACGGCCUACACAGAUGUCAAAAAAUUUGUACAAUCAGUGGAGCUGUGGCUCGCCAACGAGUUGCGGGAGGCUCCGCCUGAAAUGCAGGGCGGUUGGUUUACCAGUGAACUUAAGUUCUUUGAUACCCAAAGUACACUUAGUCACGAUACGUUAGUAGCGAUUUCAGUUGCUAUGAGUGCUUCGCUCUUGGUUUUACUUUUGGUUACUUUGAAUGUUUUAGUAUCUUUGUAUGCGGUGAUUACAGUUUUACUUACAAUUUUUACGACGGUGUCAAUACUAAUUUUACUCGGUUGGAAAUUAAAUGUGCUUGAAAGUAUAGCUGUGAGCACUGCCAUCGGAUUGGCAGUCGAUUUCAGCUUGCACUACGGUAUACAUUAUCGCAUGUCGCCGACGAAGGAGCGUCUGGCCGCUAGCCAUUUCACCUUAUCACGGAUUGUGGGGCCAACGUCGAUGGCAGCAAUCACUACAGGUGCUGCUGGUGCUUUAAUGCUGGCGUCUAACGUACUGCCAUAUAUACAGAUUGGUUUAUUUUUGGUUAUUGUUAUGGUUGUCAGCUGGUUAUAUGGCACAUUUUUUCUUAUGAGCCUGCUAAAAACGGCUGGUCCGCAGUACGGUUUCAUGCAAUUCAGUUACCCGUUAAUGAAUAAAGGAUCAUCAACUACUGGCAAUAAGUACUAUGAAAGAAAACAAAGUCAAGUAAUUGCGAGUGAACAGUUAUUAACACCGUCAAGUUCCGCUGUCGGUGAACUAAUAAACUCGGAAACCCAUGAACUCGAGUCGCUCACAUCGAGUUCAUUAAUUAAAACUAUUUCUGGUACAGAAAGCUCUCAUCCGCUGAGUGUUGAUUUCGAACACUCAUUCAAUAAUAAACACGAUAUAACCUGCGCCAAUUUUUCUACUGUCAACGAUCACAAGAGUCCGUCUAUUGAAAGUCCUGAGUUACAUGUUACAAACUAAGAUACCUAUGCAACUAUUUUUGAACUUACCAUGCUUCUGCAACUGAAAGCACAAAUUGCAUAUGUACUUACAUAUAGUAAAUAUUUUUGGGAUAAUGAAUAGCAUAUUGUUUGUUUACCAGCAUUUAAUUGCUAACUUACAUAUUUGAAUCAGUACAGAUUCGUUAAAUAAUUGUAAACCGUAUUAAAAAACUUAAAAUAUAGAUUAAAAAUUAAGGAUUUUAUAUAACCAGACCUCCCACGAUGAAUGGCUCUAACUCAAACUGCUACCCGUUUACGUGGUUUAUAUGUCCGGCCACUCCUACUAUAUUAUCAUGUAGUAUUAUUUAAGUAUUAAAUUACAAAUUAUGUUGCGUUAAGCAAUUAUAUUACUUAAAGUCUAGUUUUAUAAUGAAAAAAAAAAAACACGUUAAGAAGUGCAUGUAGUUAGUCUUCCGUUAGCAAUCAUAACAAAAAAAAUUCAAUUUAGUGAGUUUAGUGAAUUCGAGUUCUUUACUAUUUUACAGCAGCUACGGCCGCGCCUUGACCUCUCCAGCGAGGCGAGUUUCUCUGCUCUCAUAUGUACACAAUACAUCAUUCAGUAGUUGUUGAUCAGACUUCAGCGAGGACCAAUCACAAAACAGUAAACGCACAGUACGCUACAGUAUGUUUAAAAAUUAAAGACAAAUCGAUUUUUUUGAACUUUGUUUUAAAUGAAAAUUAUUUGCAUUUGUGUAUUAACUCUUUUCGCAUUAAAAUUAGAAUAUACUUUUAUACUCGUAACAUGCACGAAACCGUUAGGUUGACGUUGCUCAUAGUCGUUUUACAAUUAAAAAUAAAUUUUUAUAUAUAAUAAUUUAUUUCACUAAUCAAUAUAUACAAUUUAAUUUUAAGACUUACUAUUAAUAAUUCGGUUUGCAGUAAAUUAUAGAGAACAACCCUUAUCUAUCAAUGCUUCUACUUAAUACAUCAUGUUUAAUAUUAUUAUUAUUAUAUUAUAUAUAAUAAGUGUAAUGCACAUUCAUAUAUACAUUCAUCCAUGGUUAUAAAUAAAAUAUUAUAGAUACUUCAUGAAACGUAAUUUUAGGUGCAAGUAUCUAAGAAAUUAAAUUAUAUAACAUAGUUCUUUAUAUGCUAGUUAGUAUAAGCGUUUUAUAUGUCCAAUGUGUGUAGCGUUAAUUAGGAAUAAUUUAAAAUAAAUCAAAUGUUGGAUUAAAUUGUUUCGUUAAUCCACAAUUAUACACUAUGUUACAUUCCUAAAUGUAUUUGAAAUCAUAUGUACAACAAAUUGUUUUGAUGUUA